GUAGAUAAAAAAAGUUUUUGUUUAUUUCGCUGCGAGGAAUUUAGCUAUAUAAAUUAAGGAAAAUCUAUAUGGUAGAUUUUUGUAUUAGUCACAAUUAUUAUCCAUGUCUUUUGUUUUUCGUUUUUUUUUCGUACUCAUCAGUGAUGUUAACGUCUUCUUCGUAAAUAAAUGUUAGUUCAUGUAACCUACACAGAUAACCUAAUAAACACGAAAAAAAAAAAUGUGAACUGUAAUGAAAUUGAUAAAAUAAAAUCAGCUUCCAAGUACAUCAUACAUUUGUUAUGAAAUAAGUUUAGAGAUAAAACACACUGCAUUCACAACACAAUCAUCUUUCGUUAAUGACUGCAAUCAACAAUGAAAUUAUUAAUUUUAUUUUGUUUUAUACACUGUGUUUUGUCUUUGGAAGAAAAAUCUCCACGGAUUAUAGUUGUUGGUUCCGGCGCAUCAGGUAUCGCAGCCGCUUCAAGACUUCUUCAGAAUGGAUUCAAUAAUAUUACCAUGUUCGAGGCAGAAAACCGGAUGGGCGGAAGAGUUUAUUCGGUUCAAAUCGGUGAAUAUUUAGCUGACUUAGGAGGUCAGUGGGUCACGGGCGAGAUCGGAAAUGUUGUAUUUGAAUUAGCUUGGCCGUUAGGACUUUUACAAAAAUAUGAUGAUAAUAAAGAAUGGAAUUCAACGUUUAAAAUAUUUGGAUCAUCGGGAGAAGUAAUACCUGAAAGUGUGUCGACGUCAUUAAUAAAAUAUUUAGAGAACUUAACAAGUUCUAUGGAUGAAAGUAUUCAUUUAACAACUGGCUCGCUGGGUGAAUAUGUCGAAAAAAAAUUAAAUGAGUAUUUCAAAAGUCAUCCAGAAAUAACUACUGAACAACGCCAGCCGUUAUUACGCUUAUUAGAUUUGAUGGAAAUGAUACAAGAUGCUGGGAAAAGUUGGCAUGAAGUUUCUGCAAAGGGUUCAUUUGACUAUAAGUUUUGUAAAGGUGAUCAAGCAAUUAAUUGGAGAACACGUACAUAUUCUAUGAUUUUGGAUAUACUUACGAAAAAAUAUCCAAAUCCAGAAGAAGAGCUUCCGGUGAAAAAUAUUACCGAGUUAAAUACCAAAGUAUAUAACAUACAUUAUGAUGAAACUCCUAUAAAAGUGACAACUACUGAUGGAAGAGAACACUUGGCUGAUCACGUAAUAUUUACACCGUCUUUAGGCGUGCUUAAAAAAAAUUACAAUCAUCUAUUUAGUCCAUCACUCCCUGAGAGAAAACUCAAUGCAAUUAAAAAUCUUUCUUUCGGAGGUGUCGCUAAAAUAAUUCUCUAUUAUGAAAAUCCUUGGUGGUUAAACGAUCCAAUUUAUUUACGGUCUAUAUAUUGGACUGAAGAAGAUAGAAAAGAUCUAAAAAAUGAUCCUCGAAGAAAAUGGAUGCUUGGUGUAUCUACAGCGAUGAGGGUUGAACAUAAACCAAAGUUACUGCUUAUUUGGGUAAGUGGACCCUACGUACGUGAAAUGGAACUAACUCCAGAAGAAUUGUUUCAAGCACAAGUAAAAUAUCUCAUACGGAGAUUUUUUGGAAAGGCUUACAAUCUAACUGUGCCUACUAUAAUAAAAAGGACUACUUGGAACACUAAUGAAAACUUCCUCGGAACUUAUAGUUUUCGCGGGGUACAAGAUUAUAUUGCUGGUGGUCGUAUCGAAGAUUACGCUGCACCAAUAACAUUGGAAGAUAAACCUGUACUACUAUUCGCUGGUGAAGGCACGAGUGAUCAUUAUGGUAUGAUCAAUGGUGCGAUUGAGACAGGAUGGCGAGAAGCUGACCGUUUGAUAGAUUACUACAAUGCAUCUCCACGGAUUAUAAUUGUCGGUUCAGGUGCAUCUGGUAUUGCAGCAGCUUCAAGGCUUCUUGAAAAUGGAUUUAAUAAUAUCGCUAUACUUGAUGCUGAAAACCGGAUGGGAGGAAGAGUUUAUUCUGAUCAAAUCGGUGAAUAUCUAGUCGACAUAGGAGCCGAAUGGGUGCACGGAGAAAAAAAUAAUGUUGCAUUUGAAUUAGCCUGGCCAUUAGGACUCCUUGAAAGAUUUAGUGAAAAUACUGAAUUUAAGUUUGGAUUAAAAAUUUUUGGAUCAUCGGGACAUAUAAUACCUGAAAAAAUAGCAAAUCCGUUACAAAUGCAACUUGAUGCCAUGAGUGAAUCCAUAGGUGAUAAUAUUAAUUCGUUAAAAACUGGUUCGCUUGGUGAAUAUGCAGAAAGAAAGUUAAAUACAUACUUUAUGAAUCAUCCGGAAAUAACAACCGAUCAACAUAAACCAUUAUUACAUUUAUUGAAUUUGAUGCUAAUGGUAAUGGAAGCAGCAGAAAGUUGGCAUGAAGUGUCAGCAAUAGGAGAAAGAGAUUACGAAGAAUGUGAGGGAGACCAAGUAAACAAUUGGAAAGAACGUACUUAUACGACAAUUUUGGAUAUACUUAUGAAAAAAUAUCCAAAUCCAGAAGAAGAACUUCCAGUGAAAAGUAUGACUCAAUUGAAUACUAAAGUAUCAAACAUAAAAUAUGAUGAUAGUCUCGUAAAAGUUACAACAAUUAAUGGUCAAGAACAUUUCGCUGAUCACGUAAUCUUCACACCAUCUUUGGGCGUGCUUCAAAAAAAUUAUAAUCAGUUAUUCAAUCCAUCGUUGCCUGAGAGAAAACUUAAUGCAAUUAAAAAUCUUUCAUUCGGGCGUGUGGCUAAAAUAAUUGUCUACUACGAAAAUCCUUGGUGGUUAGACGACCCAGUUUACAUAAGGGCUAUUUAUUGGACUCAAGAAGAUAAAAAGAAAAUUGAAAAUGAUCCUCCGAAAAAAUGGAUGCUUGGAGUGUCACUAGGAAUGCGAGUGGAACAUCGACCAAAGCUUCUUCUUUUUUGGGUGACCGGACGUUAUGUACGUCAUAUGGAACUGACUCCCGAAGUAUUCUUUCAAGAACAUGUGAAAGAACUUAUAACUAAAUUUUUCGGAAAAGCUUACAAUCUUACAGAACCUACUGUAAUAAAACGGAGUCUUUGGGCGACCAAUGAAAACUUUCUUGGGACUUAUAGUUAUCGCGGAGUACAAGCUGACAUAGCUGGUGCUCACAUUGAAGAUUAUGCAGAACCAAUCAUUCAAAAUAAUAAACCUGUACUUCAGUUUGCUGGUGAAGCUACAACUGCUCACCAUUCUACAGUUCAUGGAGCAAUCGAUUCAGGGUGGCGUGAAGCUGAUCGUUUAAUCAAUUAUUAUAGUAAAAAAAUCGAUAUAAAAAAACAAAAAAUAACUGACCCACAAAUUUCAAUAAUGUAUCCCAGAAAAAAUUAAAAAAGAACUAUGUAUUUUUAAUA